CGAAACGCCAAAGCUCAAACUCUGUUUCUCAACCUCUGCAGCAGAAAUCGGACAGUUUUCUUUGAAAAAGCAAACAUCUUUAACCGACCUUCUAGCAACAGUCAAUCGUGAGUUUUGACAAUCUUGCGGGUUUUUUUCAGACGAGUUCACGCCAGUCAAAUUUCAACUGAUGGCUGGUGUGUCUCGGUUAUUUGGUCGUUCAAUUUGGCGAGCUCGUACCCCCCCUUGUAUUCCAUAUUUUGUGCUACCUUAUCAAAGGCCGCGGCUAAUCUGUCCACUGUUUGAUUGAGCUCCACCCCCCUCCGCCCCUCUCUACUCUCCAAAAAAAAUAAAAUAAAAAAGCUCCUAGCUCGUUGUGUGUACUGUACCAAACCUACCCAAUACGGAUUGAUGGGUCCUGAUCCCUUUAACAAACGAAUUCUUAACUUCGCCCCCUUUCCACUCUCCCCAGAUUCCUUUGCUGAGUGGGAUGUAAAAGGGUCCUCGCAGAAUUGCUUCUCUUCAACACCGGUCCUGGUCAUAGAAACUUGUCUUGACCAAGUGGCCUCAAUUCUUCGCCCACAAUGGCUUCCAUAACAACAAGACAAGCCGCAGAGGCGCCUGGCGCCAAGGCCAAGGAAAAGACUUACCCCUUGAUGUCCAGACGCGAGAUCGAGGGCCUGAUAGCCGAUGGCAGGACAGUCUUCAUUCUUGAUGGCUUCGUCCUCAAGGCAGACGCGUGGAAGAAGUAUCAUCCUGGUGGUGACAAGGCCAUGCUGCACAUGAUUGGAAGAGAUGCAACCGACGAGGUCACCGUCCUCCACUCUGCCGAAGCACGACAGAUGAUGAACCGGUACCGCAUUGGCCGCAUCGAAGGCCAUUGGAAGAACUUUGUACCUCCGAUCCAAGGUGGCCACUUCCGCCCUCUGGCAUCGCCCGAGUCCCCACCAGACAGUCCUUUGUUGGAAUGCACGACAGCCACCUCGAGCGAUUCAGAGUCCAGGCCUCCGUCCCCCGUGUUUGAUUCGGCAGGCAUCAAGUACCGCGGCCAGAACUCGGCGCCGUCGGUUACAUCGGUUUCCUCAGUGGAUGAGCCCGAAGAUCUGCCUGAUGGCAUUGCCUUCCUGGACUCCCUGACAAAGAAGGAGAUCGACUUGGACAAGGCGACGUAUCCUUCUCUGGAUGAGACCACCCAGAGGGACAUUGUGCAAAAGUACCGUGACCUGAACGCGAGGAUCAAGGCCGAGGGGUUAUACGACUGCAACUAUGGUGCAUACUUCUAUGAGGUGAGGAGGUACUGCGUGUUGUUUGGUCUGAUGGCGCUUACCCUUCACUGGGGAUGGUAUAUCACCAGCGCCGUCUUCAUGGGCAUGUUCUGGCACCAGCUUCUCUUCACUGCCCAUGAUGCUGGCCACGUAGGCAUUACACACAACUUCCACGUUGAUACGCUCAUAGGCAUCUUCAUCGGCGACUUCAUGGGCGGUCUGUCCCUUGGCUGGUGGAAGCACAUGCACAAUGUCCACCACAUUGUCACCAACUCACCUGAACAUGACCCUGAUAUCGAGCACUUGCCCUUCAUGGCCAUCUCCCACCGUUUGUUUGGUUCCCUGCGCUCGACCUACUACGAACGCGUCCUCGAGUACGAUGCUGUGGCAAAGAUCCUGGUCCCGAUUCAGCACUACUCCUUCUACAUCCUCCUCAUGUUUGGGCGCUUCAACCUUUACCGCCUCUCUCUCGAGUUCAUCCUGCUCCGCAAGGGACCCAGGAAGGGUCCGGCAUGGUGGCACCCGUACGUAGAGCUGAGCGGACUCGCCUUCUUCUGGUACUGGUAUGCCUACCGCGUCGUGUACUGUUCGAUUCCGGACAACCUGAACCGGCUCGCAUUCAUCUUGAUCAGCCACAUGGUGACCAUGCCGCUGCACGCGCAGCUCACGCUGUCCCACUUCGCCAUGAGUACCGCCAACCUGGGUCCCACCGAGUCUUUUGCCCAGAAGAUGUUGCGCACCACCAUGGACGUCGACUGCCCCGAGUGGCUUGACUUCUUCCACGGCGGUCUGCAGUUCCAGGCCAUUCACCACCUGUACCCGCGGAUCCCGCGCCACAACCUCCGCCGCACCCAGGUCCUCGUCCGGGAGUUCUGCGCCGAGGUCGGUAUCCCCUACGCCUUGUUGGGAUUUGUCGACGGGAACAAGGUUGUUGUUGGGAAGCUUGCCGAGGUUGCUAGACAGGCCGCCUUCUUGGCAAAAUGUGAGCAGCACACCAUUGAGAAUGGCGGAUUACACGGCCAUUGAUUGGCACCGUGGCUUUUCUUUUUGUCUUUGCACCCUUCGCGUGAAAUGCUGCCUACUUUUAUUUUUGGAGUCAGCACGCGGAUUGUAGUAAUAUAGAAGCUGGCUUUGAAAAAAAGACGGCCUUGUAUAUAUUAGAAGCAUCUUCUCUGUACAUGGUGGUCUUUGGCGGUCGAAAAUCGUAGCGUUAGAAAGGCUCACGCACAAACAAUAGAACACGAUGAGAGCUAGCUGUGCUUACCAGUAUAGACGUGAGUGAACGGGGGUUGCUGUGCUUAUGGUGCGGAGUAAGGCUGUCGUCUGUC